AUGUCUAAAGUCGUGCGGAGUGUGAAGAACGUCACAAAAGGAUAUUCCUCAGUGCAGGUCAAGGUCCGAAAUGCUACUAGUAAUGACCCCUGGGGCCCUACGGGCACCGACAUGUCCGAGAUUGCCGCCAUGACUUUCGGGAGUCCGAACGAGUUCUACGAGAUCAUGGAUAUGCUUGACAAGCGACUCAACGAUAAGGGCAAGAACUGGCGCCACGUGCUGAAGUCACUGAAGGUCUUGGACUACUGUCUCCACGAAGGCUCGGAGUUGGUGGUAACGUGGGCCCGUAAAAACGUCUAUAUUAUCAAGACUUUGCGCGAGUUCACAUAUGUGGACGAGGAAGGAAGGGAUGUUGGCCAGAACGUUCGGGUGGCAGCAAAGGAAUUGACUGCAUUGGUACUGGAUGAAGAUCGCUUGCGCAGUGAACGCUCAGACCGCAAACUCUGGAAGACUCGCGUGAGCGGACUCGAUGAAGGCUACGGAAACUCCCCCGUGGAACCACCGCGCAAAGACCGACGCCGACGCAACGGGGAUGAUGAUUCCGACACUGAAUACCGCUUAGCUAUUGAAGCCAGCAAGGCAGAAGCUGAGGAUGAGCGCAAGCGACGAGCCAAGGAGACAAUGGCAACCCAGGACGAUGAGGAUCUUGCCAAGGCCAUUAAGCUUAGCAGGGAGGAAGAGGACCUCCGAAAGCGCGAAUUGGAAGAGAGCAAUGCCCAGUCUCUCUUCGACGACACCCCAGCUCAAGUUCAGCCAACCGGCUACAACCAGGGCUACCAACAGCAAGGUGCUGUGGACUGGUUCGGCAACCCGAUCAAUGCGCAGCAGCCUAUGACAACUGGCUACCUGAACAACCAGUACGCGCAGCCGACAGGAUUCCAGAACCAGCCCACCGGCAUGAAUAACCCUUACGCCAACGGCUAUCAAGCGCAGCCCUCGGGCUUUGAUCAGAACCCUUACGGCCAGCAACAGAACAACCUUUUGCAACCCCAGGCCACUCUCCAACCCCAGCACACCGCAUUCAACCCCAACAACCCCUAUGGCGGGGAUGUCUUCUCGCAACAGCAGCAACAGCAACAGCAGCAGCAGCAGCCCCAGGAGAACUAUCAAAACGCAGGAAGCAACAACCCAUGGGCCGGAAACCAGCCUCAGCAGCAGCAUUUGCAGCCCGCUGAUGCCCUCAAGCCCAUGCCAACAGGAUCAAAUAACCCCUUCGCUCAGCGUACUCAAACACAGUUCAACAACCAUGCACAAACAGGCCCACCAACACUUAAUUCCUUAUCGGAGGACCGUGCAACGAAUCAGUAUGCCCAGAACAACGCGCAGUAUGGCCAAAGCUCGCUGUUCGCCCAACCCACUCAGCCCAACCCGAUCGCUGGCUUCCAAGCCCCACAGCCACCAAAGAGUACCCCGCCACAGGACCCUCACCAUGCUCGUCUCAACGCCCUUCUCGGGUCAGGCGAAGGCCAGGAUACCUUCGGCAAUGUUGGAGAUCUCCGAAUCCCCGCACAACACACAGCACCUGGCACAUUUGUCAAUUCUGCUGGUCAGGGUUUGGACCGCCUACACGCUGCUCCCACCGGAAACCCAUUCUUCGGCCAACAAUUCACAGGCAUGCCGCAACAGACCGGCUAUGUGCAGCAGCAACAGCAGCAACCUACCAACAACCCUUGGGGAGGACAGCAGCAGCAGCGGCGCGGUGGUAGCCUGAUUGAUCUGUAG